UGUUGAAAUUGGUUAUUAUUGAUAACAUGGCAGAAAUUAUGCUAUUCUCAUCAGAUCUCUUGCUUUUCUCCACAGAUAUCCUUUGCUUUAAUUUUCCUUCUAAGAUGAUCAAACUUCCUGGUUUUAUUACCAUACAAAUCUUCUUUUAUCCACAAGCCAGCUUUGGAAUUUCAGCAAACACCAUCCUUCUUCUUUUCCACAUCUUCAUCUUUGUUUUCAGUCACAGGUCUAAGUCCAUUGACAUGAUAAUUAGUCACCUGUCCCUCAUUCACAUACUGUUGCUCUUCACCCAAGCAAUAUUGGUGUCCUCAGACUUCUUUGGUUCACAGAAUAUUCAGAAUGAUCUUAGGUGUAAGGUAAUUGUCUUUUUAAACAAGGUGAUGAGGGGCCUCUCCAUCUGCACCCCCUGCCUCCUGAGUGUGCUCCAGGCUAUCAUCAGCCCCAGCAUCUCCUCCUUGGCAAAGCUCAGACAUCCUUCUGCAAGUCACAUCUUAGGAUUCUUCCUCUUCUCAUGGAUCCUCAACAUGUUCAUUGGUAGUAAUCUUCUGCUGUACACCGUGGCUACCGCCAGUGAAAUGGGGCCAGUCUUCUGUUUGUCAUGCUGCACUGUUCCUUUUUGCCCAUGAGCUACACCUACAGGAGACUGUUUUUCACACUAAUGACUUUGAGGGAUGUCACCUUUAUAGGGUUCAUGGUCCUCUCAAAAGGCUACAUGGUGAUUAUUUUAUACAGACAUAAGAGGCUAUCUCAGUGCCUUCACACAGCCAGCCUGUCCCCCAGAGUCUCACCAGUGAAAAGAGCCUCCCAGACUAUCUUAGUGCUGGUGAGUUGUUUUGUCUUCAUAUAUUGGGUGGACUUUAUGUUCUCAUUUUCAAAGGGUGUGACACGGAUAAAUGAUUCUCUGCUAGUGUGGUUCCAGGUUAUUGUGGCCAAUAGCUAUGCCACAAUUAGUCCUUUGAUGCUAAUUUAUGCUGAUAAGCAAAUAUUCAAGACUCUGCAAAUGUUAUGGUUUAAAUAUUUGUCUCCUCCAAAACUCAUGUUGAAAUUUAAUCGCCAAUGUGGCAGUACUAAGAAGUGA